AUGGAAAACGAAGAAAGGUCACAACCAGAAGCUCGGUACCAAAGAGAGCUUAAAGGAGUUUGGAAUGAUGUGGCGCACCUGACCAAUUUGCUCGAGCAAAUGUUGAGAGCCAAAGAUGGAGAGGAAACAUCUACUCAACCUGAUGAAGCACAACCAGCAGCUCAAAUCCCUAUCGAUAGCCUGACAGGAUCGACCCUCAAUUGGACCAGUCUGAUUACCAUGGAUAAAGGAACUCAAGAGUCUGUGAGGGCUUAUGCUCAAAGGUGGCGAGACCAAGCUAUCAAUGUACAACCUCCACUAAUAGAGACGGAGAUACAAGGAAUCCAAAGUGGGAGAAUUGCGGAACCUAUAGAGAAGAGGGGUUUUGUUGGGAAGAAGAAGGAAAUUGAAGUGAAUAACCUAGAAGAUAGUUACAAAGGGAGAAGCAAAAGCUACCAAACACCUACCACCCAAGUCACCAGUAUCAACUUUGCCAAACCCUCCAUCCCAAACCAACCUAAUCAAACAAAAUUCCCAGCAAAUAACCAAAGCAAUUACCAAAGAAAAGACAACCAACCAUCGGAAGAGCAAUUACCACCUUUACCAAUAACCUUAAAAGAGUUGUAUGUCAAGCUGUUGAGUAUUGGGCAGAUAGCUCCCCUACCAGUACCACUUAUGCAACCACCUUUCCCUUCCUGGUACAACCCCGAGGUGACUUGUGAAUACCAUGCUGGUCACGCGGGUCAUAGCAUUGCGGCUUGCUUUGCUUUUAAAAAGAAGGUGUUGCAGCUGAUCAAAGUUGGAUGGGUCACUUUCGAGGAUUCGCCUAAUGUGAAUUCAAACCCUUUACCCAAACAUUUCGCUGGUAGUGGUGGAGUGAAUACCAUGGAGAUUGGUAGCAAAGAGAGGAAAGGGCAUCACAUUGAUGAAAGCAUUGAAUUUCAUCAAAAGGUUGCAAGAAUGCUAACUCUAGGAGAGCUAAGGAUUGAGGCCGUAAGCGACAAUGAAGAGAUAGAGAUGAUAGAGAAUCGGGGGAAAUGUAGAAUCCAAUCAACAACUAAUGGGCUCUCGAAAUUGGUAUUAACUAAGCCCUCAAUAGAAAACAAAGCAGACUAUGGAGCGAUGCCUGGAGAUUAUGGUUAUACCUCAAAUAUCAAAACUCCCUUGUCGUUGUUUCAAACUGAGAUAAGUGGACUAACUUGGAGUGGUUGUUGUUUCACACUUGAAGAACUAGAGAAGCAAAGAAAGGCUAAGGGCAAGGAGGUGUUAGACUUCGAUAAAGAGCUUGAGGUAAAUAAACUUGUGACUGAGAAAGAAACAAAUGAGUUCCUGAAAUUGAUGAAGCAUAGUGAGUACUGUAUAGUGGAUCAGUUGAAAAAAACCCCUGCCAAGAUCUCCAUCAUGUCAUUAAUACUCAGCUUCGAGCCGCAUCGCAAUGCUUUGCAAAAAGUACUGAAUGAGGCCUACAUACCCCAAGAUAUUGAACAAAGGACUAUGGAGCAUCUAGUAGGGAGGAUCCAUGCUGCCAAUUACUUAUAUUUCACGAAAGAUGAACUUGACGCUGAAGGAACGGGACAUAACAAGCCCUUGUAUGUCACGGUCCAAUGCAAAGAUUGUCUCAUCAGUAAAGUUCUCAUUGAUAACGGCUCAACCCUUAAUGUGUUACCAAGGCAUAUGUUGGAUGAAAUGCCGGUGAUAGGGACAAUUAAGGUCGAACUAGUUGUGGGUCCACAAGUCUUUCUAGUAACCCUUCAAGUAAUGGAUAUCCACCCUUCCUAUAGUAUGUUGUUAGGAAGGCCAUGGAUACAUUCUGCGGGAGUCAUCGCCUCUUCGCUGCAUCAAUGUUUGAAGUACAUUGUCAAUGGUGUUCUGGUUACCGUUAAGGCUGAGGAGACUAUAUCAAUGGUAAGAAAUAUGGCGGUUCCAUUCAUUGAGGCUGAAGAUUAUAGGGAUGGAAACCUUCAUGCAUUUGAGGUUGUGAAUACCGAGUGGGUGCCCGAGAACAUUAGGUUUGGGCUUGGAUAUAAGCCUAAGAAGGAGGAUUACAAACGAGCUGCUGGUGCAAGAAGGGAGAAAAGAAUGGCUAGGAUUGAAGGAAGGAAGUCUGAAGAAGAAAGCUUAGCCAUCCCUCCAAUUAGGAUUUCAUUUCCAAAGGCUGUAUAUGUGAUGCAACUUGAUAAGGGACAUGGAAACCUUCUUCAGAAGCUUUCUUUAAUAAACAUAAACACUCUAGAGGAAGAACAAGUCGAGGACUUUGUUGAGAAGAUUGAAUCUGGAAGAAAGGAUGAAGAGCUGUCACAAUUAACCUUCUACACUCUGGAAGAAGUUACCGCCAGGACUUUUGUUCGAAAGCUAGCCGAAAGAGAGAAGUUCCAGAAUUAG